UCAUCAUGAAAAUUUGUAGAGCUAAGAAGAAACAACUACAUUGUGUGGUUUAUUAUAGCAAUCAGUCAAGUCUUUGCAGUUCUUUUUUUUUUUUCUCUUUUUUUUUCCUUUUUUUGAAACUGCUGCUCGGUAUUGGGCAAAAGAAAACUGCUCUUUAUUCUUCUAGUUUGGGAUUUUGUAUGUUUUAUACUGAGCAGAAGAGUGAUUGAAAGAAGAGGUUCUACUGAGCUUGGUUUUGAGAGAUCAAAGAGUUCGGUUGUCGAAAUGCUAAGAUGGAGAAGAAGAGAAGUGCAGGGAAAAAUAUGCAGUGUCAUGUUUUAGAUGGUUUUUAAACAGUGCUGAGUACACCCUAAAAAUAUGUGGUGUUAUGUUUCACAAUUGAAUAUAUCAUUUUUAGUCAUUUUAUAUUAGGAUAAAUUAGUAAUUCAAUAAAUACUUUGAUAGUAGGGUGUACUUAGUUAAUUUUAGGGUUCGUUUAGCAUCACUCUUAAUUAUUGGUGAAAGCUUUCCCACAUAGAUCAGUCUUUCGUGUUCUGUUGUUUCAUGAGAGUGUGAAAAGUUUAGAACCACUAAAGACACGGAGAGAGAGAGAGAGAGAGAGAGAGAGAGAGAGAGAGAGAGAGAGAGAGAGAAGAAGAAGAAGAAGAAGAAGAUGGGCAACAUAAUUUGCAGAGGAAAAAACCUGGACAAGCAAGUUCUGGGAGGCAAACAAUUGGGCAACAAAAUCGGUACCCUCAUGACCAAACAUAGUAAACAUAUGAAAGAAAAGAAGCAAGUUGGUGAUAUUGAUCCAAAUUUUGUAUGUCGCUUCUGCCAUGAGCAAGUUCAUCAAGAACACUCAUUCAACAUCAAGGGUUGCGCCCAUUUUUACUGUCAAGAGUGCAUUGUUAAAUUCAUAGUGUCCAAUCUCCAAAACAAUGUGACAUGCAUUAUGUGCCCCACACCAGGCUGCAGUGGCCUGCUAGACCCUGAGUACUGUCGUCCAAUCCUCCCGAACGACGUCUUUGAUCUGUGGGGGACUGCCUUGUGUGAAUCUCUUUUGGAAACAGAGCACGCUGUUGAUUCAACUUUCACAUGUGAUUUCUGUGUUGAGCAAAUUGAGCUAAAAGACUCAUUUAACAUCAAGGGUUGCGCCCAUUUUUACUGUCAAGAGUGCAUUGUUAGAUUCAUAGUGUCCAAGCUCCAAGACAAUGUCACAUCUGUUACGUGCCCGAAUCAAGGAUGCCCUGGGGUGUUAGACCUUGAGUACUGCCGUCGAAUUCUCCCAUACGACGUCUUUCACCGCUGGGGCAAGGCCUUGUGUGAAUCUGUGGUUAUGGAGCCUCAGAAAAAGUACUUAUUCUGUCCCUUCAACGCAUGCUCCACGCUGUUGAUUGAUGAGGAACCAGAUGAUACCAAACAAGCUCAGUGUCCUCAUUGCAAGAGAGUGUUUUGUGUCAAGUGUAAGGUUCCUUGGCAUACCGAAUUCGAUUGUGACAUGUUCCAGAAACUGAGAGAUAGGGGUGAAGAUCAGCAGCUGGAAGAGCUUGCCAAGAAUAAGAACUGGAGGAGGUGUCCAAGUUGCAAGUACUAUGUUGAAAGACGCGAUGGGUGCAGCUACAUAAAAUGCAGGUGUGGAAAUGCUUUCUGUUACAAUUGUGGAGUUCAAGCUUCCUUAACUUCACAUACCAGACAUUGUCCAAGCUGUCACAAAUAAGCCUUUAUUUUUGCUCACGAGAAGAUCUUGCUGCAACGCUACAGGUUGAUGCAGGUGGUUGGAUUACACAAAAGGAUAAUACUGGAAAUUAAAUGAAGUUUUAGAGUGGACAAGAUGUGCCAUAUUAAUAGGGAUCAGUAUUACUUUUGGAAUUUGUUUUGACGCAUGUAGUAUUUUACUCCGAUUGAGAUAUUCAUUUGCUCCAAUUUGAAUCCUCUCCUUAUCUUUUUCAUUUGAAUCUUCUCCUCAUCUUUUUUUAUUUUGUUAUAAAACCCUUAAUCUAGGAUAAUUCUAACUCAUUUUCUCACCCGAGUGGUCUGUUUUACUCUAUUAAUUUUUUUUUUAUUUAUUCAAAACCUUCUUUAAUUAAAAGGGAGAAAUGUGAAGAGACACAUGACACGUUGCUUAGUCUAAAAUGUGACACACGGCAUUGCACAAACCAAAUCUGUUG